GAAGAAGCACGCUGCCAAGUUGCCGCUGCGCAGCUUGGUUGCUUGAGACAGAAGCACCGUGGCUGCUCCAGGAAGCAGAGGAAGAGACAUGUGCCCUUAGUGGACCCCUGGCCCAGGGUUUCCAGAUGGCGGCCCAGCGGAUCCGAGCAGCCAACUCCAGUGGCCUCCCUCGGUGCAAGUCGGAGGGGACCCUGAUCGACCUGAGUGAGGGGUUUUCAGAGACCAGCUUUAAUGAUGUCAAAGUGCCUUCUCCCAGUGCCUUGCUGGCCGACACCCCCACCCCUUUUGGAAACGCCAAGGAAGUGAUCGCCAUCAAGGACUACUGCCCCACCAACUUCACCACCUUGAAGUUCUCCAAGGGCGACCACCUCUACGUCCUGGACACGUCUGGCGGGGACUGGUGGUACGCACACAACACCACCGAGAUGGGCUAUAUCCCCUCCUCCUACGUGCAGCCCUUGAACUACCGGAACUCCACCUUGAGCGACAGCGGCAUGAUAGACAAUCUUCCAGACAGCCCGGACGAGGCAGCCACGGAGCUGGAUCUGCUCGGGGGGUGGACAGACGACCAGAAGGGAUGCGGCAAAGCGCACAGUAAUAACCCUUUUUGGAGCGGGGUCCAAACAAACCCUUUCCUGAAUGGGAACGUGCCGGUGAUGCCCGGCUUGGACGAGCUGACUCCCAGAAGCACCGUGGACCUGCUGCUGUUUGAUACCGGAACAUCCUCCUUCACUGAAUCCAGCUCUGCCACCACCAACAGCACCGGCAACAUCUUCGACGAGCUCCCGGCCACCCAUGGACUCCACGCCGAGCAGCCUGUCAAACGGGACAACCCCUUCUUUAGAAGCAAGCGAUCCUACAGCCUGUCCGAGCUCUCCGUCCUGCAAGCCAAGUCAGAGGCGCCCACCACGUCGAGUUUUUUCACAGGUUUGAAAUCCCCUGCUCCCGAGCAGUUUCAGAGCCGGGAGGACUUUAGGACUGCGUGGCUGAACCACCGGAAGCUGGCCCGGUCUUGCCAUGACUUGGAUCUGCUCGGCCAGAGCCCAGGCUGGGGCCAGACACAAGCCGUGGAGACGAACAUUGUGUACAAGCUGGAUAGUUCUGGGGGUGCCGUGCAGCUCCCAGACACCAACAUCAGCAUCCACGUGCCCGAGGGCCACGUCGCCCCUGGGGAGACGCAGCAGAUCUCCAUGAGAGCCCUGCUGGACCCCCCGCUGGAGCUCAACAGCGAUAAGUCCAGCAGCAUCAGCCCCGUGCUGGAGGUCAAGCUCAGCAACCUGGAGGUGAACACCUUCCUCAUCUUAGAGAUGAAGGUUUCUGCUGAGGUGAAAAACGACAUUUUUAGCAAAAGCACAGUAGGUCUCCAGUGUCUGAGGAGCGACUUGAAGGAAGGGCCGUACCUGCCCAUCCCACUCACCUACAGCCAUGGGGACACCGUCCAGGUGCAGCUGGACAACCUGGAGCCCUGCAUGUACCUGGCCAUGGUGGCCCACGGCCCAAACAUUCUCUACCCUUCCACCGUGUGGGACUUCAUCCAUAAGAAGGUCACCGUGGGUCUCUACGGUCCCAAACACAUCCACCCCUCCUUCAAGACGGUAGUGACCAUUUUCGGGCAUGACUGCGCCCCCAAGAUGCUCCUGGUGAGCGAGGUCACACGGCAGGCCCCCAGCCCUGCCCCCGUGGCUCUGCAUCUGUGGGGAAAGCACCAGUUCCUCCUGUCCAGGCCCCAGGACCUCAAAGUCUGCAUGUUUUCCAACAUGACCAACUACGAGGUCAAGGCCAGCGAGCAGGCCCGAGUGGUGAGAGGCUUCCAGGUGAAGCUGGGCAAGGUGAGCCGCCUCGUCUUCCCCAUCACCUGCCAGAGCCCCGGCGAGCUCUCGGACUUCACGCUGCGGGUGCAGGUGAAGGAUGACCAGGAGGCCAUCCUGACCCAGUUCUGCAUCCAGACGCCACAGCCUCCACCCAAGAGUGCCAUCAAGCCGUCCGGGCAGAGGCGGUUUCUCAAGAAGAACGAGGUGGGGAAGAUCAUCCUGUCCCCGUUUGCCGCCACCACCAAGUACCCGACGUUUCAGGACCGGCCCGUGUCCAGCCUCAAGUUCGGCAAGCUGCUCAAGACGGUGGUGAGGCAGAGCAAGAACCACUACCUGCUGGAGUACAAGAAGGGGGACACGGUGGCUCUGCUCAGCGAGGAGCGCAUCCGGCUGAAGGGGCAGCUGUGGACCAAGGAGUGGUACAUCGGCUACUACCAGGGCAAGGUGGGCCUGGUGCACGCCAAGAACGUGCUGGUGGUCGGGAGGGCCAGGCCCAGCCUGCUCUCGGGCCCCGAGCUGAGCACCUCGGUGCUGCUGGAGCAGAUCCUCCGGCCCUGCAAGUUCCUCACCUACAUCUACGCCUCGGUGCGGACCCUGCUCAUGGAGAACAUCAGCAGCUGGCGCUCCUUCGCGGACGCUCUGGGCUAUGGGAGCCUGCCGCUCACCUUCUUCUGCCGGGCGGAGCUGGACAGCGAGCCCGAGCGUGUAGCCUGUGUCCUGGAGAAGCUGAAGGAGGAUUGUAACAACCCCGAGAACAAAGACCGCAAGUCCUUCCAGAAGGAGCUCGUGAUGGCCUUACUGAAGAUGGACUGCCAGGGCCUGGUGGUCAGGCUCAUCCAGGACUUUGUGCUCCUGACCACAGCCGUGGAGGUGGCGCAGCGCUGGCGGGAGCUGGCUGAGAAGCUGGCCAAGGUCUCCAAGCAACAGAUGGACGCUUACGAGUCUCCCCACCGCGACAGGAAUGGGGUGGUGGACAGUGAGGCCAUGUGGAAACCCGCGUAUGACUUCUUGCUUACCUGGAGCCACCAGAUCGGGGACAGCUACCGGGAUGUCAUCCAGGAACUGCACCUAGGCCUGGACAAGAUGAAAAACCCCAUCACCAAGCGCUGGAAGCACCUCACGGGGACGCUGAUCCUGGUGAACUCGCUGGACGUCCUGCGAGCAGCCGCCUUCAGCCCCGCUGACCACGAUGACCUGGUCAUCUGAACAGGCGCCCUGAGCACAAGGCUGCGAGCCGUCACCAGAGCCCCAUGCUGUCACCAGGGGCGGCGGGGAGCGGGAAGGCUGCUCCCACGGAGGGGGUCGCCACCCAGCCCCGGGCUGGGGACAGGGACACAUGAGGCUCUGCCCUUGUCUGCGUCCAGGGACAGCCAGGGGGCUUUCUACUGCAGGUUGUUGCCAAUCAAAUAGCUUUCUAUUUGUGUAAGUGUGAAUUAAAUUCAAAUCACUUUUUUAAAAAAGACCAGGGAAGGAACCUGAGAAAGUUGGGAUCUAAUUUUUUAAUGGACUGUAAAGAUUAAAAAAAUCUUAGUAGGGGCAGAUGCUGUUGAGGUUUUUAUGUUGUCGAAACACUUUUUAAAUUAUGUUACAGAUGUACAUAGGUAUUUAAAGGCCGUGGGUGCUUCUGCUUCCCAGCCCGCGUCUCCCCCCAACAGGGAGGGGCGGCUCUGUGGGCUCCUUCUCACUUCCUGCCCCCACACACGCAGGCCAGUCGGGCGGCGGGAUGGGUCUUCAGUGAGAGGACAGCCCACCCGUGCUCCCCACCUGCGGCCACUCCACCGACAUUUCUGUGGCCCUCUGCCUUUGCCUCGUGCUGUAGUCAGUGAGCAUCCACAGAGCAUGGCAGUCUCUGUGGGCUUCGGUGGGUGGGCAGUUACUCCCCACAGUAUGCCCUUGAGAUGUGUCCACUAAUAGCUUAGAGAGCAGCUGGAAGGUGACAUUCCUGUGGCCCCUGCCUGUGUGCAAUGAGUCAUUCAAAAGAACGUGCCACUGGACGUGAGGAGGUCCUGCAGCUCUUGACCAUCAUGUGGUGUGUCCCUUGGGGGCACGGGUGCUCUGCAGCCCCGGGGUAGACAGAAAGACUCACCACCCGACCAGAGCCGGGAGGCUCCAUGCUCCCAGAGACCCAGGUCACCUCCCAGGUGUGCCGUGCACCGGGUGCAGAGGUGACAGCUGCCAAACUCCACAUUUCCUUUUGUCUACGUGGAACACUUCUCCCCUCCCGGUGCACCCCCAUCUCCUCUGAAGUGCAUCAUGUCGAUAAAAACAGUUUGGGCACAAGGUCCAGACCGUCCGGGCGGGUUGAACAUUUUCCCACAGAGUCAGGAGCUUGGCUGUCGAGAAGCUUGGGCUGUGCUGGGUCGAAUCCCGCCGCCACCCUGUAGCUGCAGCCCCUAGGAAGGAGCGAGAGGCAGGACUAAUGCUGGUGGGUCACAGAGUGAUGGCCCCAGUCAGGGCGUCCACCUUGGGGACGCCGAGCCUCGCGCUUUCCUGACACGUGUUACUUAGUUAAAGGAUGUGUAAUCCCCUGUUCGGCUGGAACACUGUCACGCACCACUGAUUGCGGCACUCAAGACCAACCGACAGAAAUACAAACGCUCCAUACUUCACGCUGCAAGAAUAAAGCCACAUGAGUCCCCAAUCAUCGCACAGAUGACCUUACGUCCUGCCUCCGUGCUCCUCACCCUCCUCUGCCCAGAGAUCACCUCUCACCUUUUCCCCAAAGACGACAAACCAGUUGCACCUUAAACCAUGGGUAUUUUUCCUCAGGGGCUUUAAAUAGUUUCCUAUGCAACGUGUCUUGUAGCACAAAUCAAAUUCUACAAAAGUUGCAGUAAAUUUUAUUUGGAUAUUUUAACCUGUUAA